AUCAUCAUCAGAAAAGGAAGAAGAAGACGACGAAGACGACGAAGAAGAAGAUGAAGAUCUAGUGGUCAACACAGUGGCUGUCAGCUCACUCAAACUAAUUCAAUCGCAAACAUUACAGUGUACGUGUCUGCGUGGGUAGCGGACCAUGUCGACCCGGGCUCUGCGGAGGCUCCGGGGCAAACAGCGGGGUCAGGAGGCCCUGGACCUCGGGGAGCUAACUUUGAGCGUCAGUCCUGAGGAGGAGCAGCAGGAGCAGGAGCAGGCUGAGGCUGCGGAGGAGCAGCUGGACGUGGCUAAUGUCUCUCAGCCGCCCGAAAGGAAAGACAGCAGCCAGAAGGCGAAGAAGAACAAGGCUCAGAAGAACUUCAGCAACAUUUAUGAAGUGAUAUGUGAUGUUGACAACGAGGCGGAGAAAAUCUCACCCGAUGAGGAGGCAGAGAAACCAGAUGGAAAUAAAAGGAAUGAAAAUGGAGACACUGACAAAUCCCAGGAAACAUCUACAAAGUCUGUGUCUGGAGACAGAGUUAAAAAGAAGAAGAAAAAGAAGAAGACAAAAGUGACGUCAGAGGAUAGACAGACUGCACCGGAUGAUAACAUUGAUUUAUUGCUGGAGGACUUGGAGCAGCACAACGGCCUGAGUUUGCAGAAUGAAGAUUGCGGAGGCUCUGAGCGACGAUCGGUGUUACAUGUUGAGCACAGGAAUCUCAACUCCGAGACGGAGCUGAAGAGAUAUUUCGGGGCUCGAGCUGUUCUCGGAGACCAAAGACCUCGACACCGAAACAGGCAGUUUCACCGCAGCACCUGGAUGACCAGUCCCAAGGACAGCUGGCCCCGCUUCAGCCGCACAGGAAUCUCAAUGACUUUACUGGAAUCAAAGGAUGGCGUGCAUUACUUCACCUAUGAGCACAGUCGGGACUAUCAACAAGUACAGUUCAAGUUCCUGGAUGCUGUAGAGUCCAUGGAUCCCAACAACAUAGUGGCUCUGCUACAGCUCAAUCCUUACCACAUUGACUCCUUGCUGCAGCUUUCUGAUGUCUGCCGCAUACAGGAGGACCAAGAGAUGGCCAGGGACCUCAUUGAAAGGGCCUUGUACAGCUUCGAGUGCGCAUUUCACCCUUUAUUCAACCUGACAUCAGGUACCAGCAGACUGGAUUAUUUAAGACCAGAAAACAGGGCAUUUUAUCUUGCUCUUUACAAGCACAUGAUGUUCCUUGAGAAGCGCGGUUGCCCACGGACGGCGUUGGAGUACUGCAAACUGAUCUUAAGUUUGGACCCAGACUCUGACCCACUUUGCAUGCUCCUGCUCAUUGACUUCCUGAUGCUGCGGUCCAGAGAGUACCAGCCUCUCCUCCAGUUAUAUCAGGACUGGGAGGAGCACAGAAAUCUGUCCCAGCUGCCCAACUUUGCAUUCUCCACUGCACUUUGUCAUUUCCAUCUCAGUCAGCAGGAAGAUAUGGAUCCCGAAGAAAGUGACAAACAAAAAAGCAAAGCCGAUAUAAUGCUGCAGAACGCCCUCAUCAUGUUCCCUGGAGUUUUGAUGCCUCUGCUGGAUCUGUGCACUGUGCAGCCAGAUGCCACAGUCGCCUCACAUGCUUUCUUUGGGCCAAAGAGUCAAAUAGGGCAGCCGCCAGCUCUGGCUGAGCUGACUGCUCUGUAUGUGGGGAGGAGUUGCAGUGUGUGGAGGGAGGCAGCAGUGAUGCUUUGGUUGGAAGAGUCUGUGAAGGAAGUGUUGCAUCGAGUCGAUACCAAAGACCCUCUAGUGGUGGACUGUCAAAACAAGAGAAAGCAGAGGUACCAGAGUGCACCGAGGAACAUCCAUCGCCACGUCCUCCUCUCUGAGAUCAAGGAAGCCACUUCAAGUCUGCCUCUUGAGGUGACCACUCAGCCUGUGAUGGGCUUUGACCCUCUACCUCCACUGGACUCAGUCACAUCGUAUACCCGACCAGAGAGGCAGUAUGUUGGUGCAUCCAAUGAGAGUACACUGUCGCUGUUUUUCCGGUCACUGCUGCCAAAUUUCAACCUUCAGGGUGAACUAAGGCAGGAGGACGAUAUGGAGGUGGCGCGAGCUGGACAGGAGCUGAACCAGGAGGUGAAUCGUCUUAUGGUGGCAAUGAGGGACAUGUUGGCAAACAUCAGGUUUCAAGAGCCACCGAGAGAGGACAACCCUUACAGAGACGAGGAGGAGUGGGACUGAGAGGAGGACAACUUAGGAGGACAGAUGAGUGCUGAGGAGACGAGUGGACACAGAAAAUAUCAAUGACUCUACAGAAAAAGAAUAUUUAAUUGUGUUUGUAAUAAUUCAGAGGAAAUGGAGAGGGAUGAAUAAAUGUUUUGUUUUUUUUUAAUUGUCACAAAUUCAGAAGACUUAAGUAAAAGGAAGAAGUGAGUUGGUGUCUUGAGACGGCCCACUUCUCUGCUUCCGAGGCAUCGAUUAGAAAGAGAAAGUUACUCAGGGGUGAUUCAGUCGGUCAUGAUCAUGCAGAACCUUUUACCAGAUUAAGAAAACAUUGUUUCAUUGAACCUUUCAUGUCACUAAUAAUUUUUUUUAAACAAUCAUUGUGAGAUGAUGGGUGUUUCUCUUCCCCCUCCUGUUUUUCAUGUUCACAGUGGACUGCUUUAUGAAAGAAUAAAGUUCUUACAGCUCUUA